UUGCUACUUCCGUUAUUCACAAACGACGCCAUUUUGAUUGUUGCUGCUGCACUUUGUUUCCACGUCUGUGUUUGCAUUUUGCUCAUUAUCCCGCACGUAUCGCACGUUCUUCACGAUGUAUGCCACUGUUGCUUUGGUUUAUCAUCAAGCCCAGGACGAUCUCUACAGGUUUAGGAACUACCAGGCCCCCGUCUCCCAAACGACUCUUCCUGUCCCUGAUCCUCGCCCCAGUGUCUUCACGAUCACCGUCAACCCCCUCUCAUCCCAGCCCGAACCCCAGACCUCCCUCCCCGUCCCUGCCCUCAGAGCCCGCCCUCAAGUUGUGGAGAUAGAUCUUGGUGAAGAAUCCAAGCAGCCCCAGUCAUGCUCGGCCGUCCUUGUGUCCUGUGUGAAAUACAUUUUCCAGAGUUUCUUCACAGAGAGAUAGACUUUGGAGUUGUUU